GAGCCCGCCUUCGUGUUCGCCUGUGACAGUGAUUUGAGUGCGGCGGAAAUUGGAGGACAGUUUGUUGAGAAAUUUGGGCGAGUCGGUGGUCGCUUGCGAUUUCUUCUCUUUCUUCGUCGCCGUCUUCCCUUUCACUCAUUGAGUUUGUUUCGGGUGGCCGAUCGUCCAAAGAGUGGCAGCAGAAAGAAGCGAAGACAGGGAGGAGAGGAGGGAGGACGAGCCGGAGCCGGUGGGUAGAGAUCGGUAGACCGACUGACAGAGGAAGGAGCAGUGGACUGGAGUGCGGGUGGGCAGGCCAGCAUUAUCGUCUUCAAUUUCCCCUGUGCUUGAUUGAUUCGAUUCGAUUCCGGCCGAGUUUCGCGUCGGUCGUAGCUAUCAUCGUCUUCGAGUCCACGGGUUCUUUGUCUGCCUGAUCCGGACGGCGCGAGCGUGCAUUUGUUGGGCUGUCGUGGUAGGGGAACAAGCAGUACAGUAGCAAUUGUAGCCGCACUCGGCUCCCGGUUCCAUUCCCUUCCGCUCUGGGGUCGAAGAGGUCAGUUACCGUUCUAACCUAUCUGGCUAUCGAUGGUUUGAAAUUGGAAGGACGACCGGAAGAAAGAGCCAUCUCGUUACGGUUUCGCAUUCCAGCCGGUCGGGUUGGCGUGUUGUGGAAUUCGACUCGCUCAUACUCACGCUAGUCUUAGCCGACGGCCCUCUGAUCGGCGGGCUUCCUGAUUUGGCACUCUCCACUACCAGGACAGAAUGGGUCCGGUCCGGAAGCAAAAAAAUCCUCUGCAAGGGGUUGUACAUUGGGUGAAGAAACAGCCUCCUAAGAUUAAGGUGGCAUUAGGGGUGGCUGCCGGAAUUUUGAGUUUGAUCCUCCUGAGACUUGUUGUUCAAGACCAUGACAACUUGUUUGUGGCGGCCGAGAGUGUCCACGCCAUCGGUAUUUUGGUUCUGAUUUACAAGUUCACCAAAGAGAAGACUUGUGCAGGCUUGUCUUUGAAGUCACAAGAGCUGACAGCAAUAUUUUUGGCCGUGAGACUCUAUUGUAGUGUGGUUAUGGAGUAUGACAUCCAUACAAUUCUUGAUUCAAUGACCCUGAUAACCACUCUGUGGGUCAUUUACACGAUUCGAUUUAAACUGAAGUCGACUCACUUGGCCGAAAUGGAUAAUCUUCCUAUUUAUUAUGUGCUCAUUCCAUGCGCUCUACUGGCCCUCAUUGUCCAUCCAAAGACUUCUCACCACAUUGUGAACCGAAUUUUCUGGGCCUUCUGUGUGUAUUUGGAGGCCGUUUCAGUCCUACCACAGCUUAGAGUGAUGCAAAACACAAAGGUGGUAGAACCAUUUACAGCACACUACGUCUUUGCCUUGGGAAUUGCCCGCUUUCUCAGCUGCGCACACUGGGUGCUACAGAUGCUGGAUAGCCGGAGCUUUUUGUUCAGCGCGCUCGGAUAUGGAUUGUGGCCAUCGAUGGUCUUGCUGUCUGAAAUUGUGCAAACGUUCAUUCUGGCCGACUUCUGUUACUACUAUGUCAAAAGUGUGUACGAUGGCCAGUUGAUGGUUCGACUUCCUUCUGGAGUGGUUUAGUCUGAGACUGAUCUGAGCUGAAUGUGUAAAGUUUUGAGCUCAAUGUUCCUCCGGUACUGAACUGCGAGUAUACUGAGCUCCGUGUAUUAAGCACCAAUGAAGGUUCUCCUUUGUCACACUCUUUUCUCGAAUGGAACCUUGAAUGUACUUGUAGUGGUCUUGUGGCCGUAGAUGUAGGAUAUUUUUUAUGAACAUUUGUUGGCAGUUUUCGGGCUUCGCAAGAUGUCUUUCAGCACCAAAUAUCACUCUAUCCUCAUCUCAUUUCAGGUCUGGUGGAUGACAACGCCCUCGGUCCUUUAUGAAACGCUAGAUCAUUACGAGAUGAGGUCCAGAUCGAACCAGAUAAGGUAAGGUGGGAUAAAUCCCACCUUACCUGUCGUUGUCAACGCAAGAAAAAUCGAGUGUUUUGAGGCUGUCAAUUUUCUUUCAUCCAUGCCUCUCGAGUCUUUGAAGACGAUUGUUUCCAAUUUGGCCUCGACCUAAACAAAGCGCUUAC